GUUAUGUUUCAAGGUCGCGUUUGACGUCAGUUUCGUUCGAUUCUAAUAUCAAGUUGCAAUUUUGUAAUGUAUUUUUGGUUUUGAUUUCAAAAGAUGCAAAUACCUCAUCUAUAAGAAACGUAAAUCUUCAAUCUUACAUAUCAUCUACUUGUAAAUAUUCAAAAUGGCAAAUAAAGUGUUGAACAAAUGUUUAUAUUUUUCUAACCUAGUUGGAAGUAGACAAUUCCAAAAUAUAAAUAAAACAAUAUUUCCAAUUUGUUCCGUUAACGAAAAAUAUUCAGUACACAAUAGAAAUAUUAGUGGUGGUUUGGUAUGUUAUGGAAGUGGUGCAAGGGCAGAAACUACUAGCACAAUACAGGGUCUUUCAAAAUUACAAGCACAAGAGUUGGUGCUUCGGUUGAACCAAGAGGAAAGGCAAAUGUUGUUAAGUGCCCUCCAAGAAUAUCAGUCUAAGUUAGUGAAGGAAGAAUACGAAGGACAGCUAGCUGCAUCCAGAUGGAGAAGCAGAUUUGGUCGGCCUAGUAAAUUACCAACUUUAGGUGAUGUCGACCCAACAGGGAGUUAUUGUAGAGUCCCAGAACAUUGGCUCGAAAAGAAAUGUGCUGAAGCUGUUCCAAGACCGACAACCAGGAAUUUAGUAGACAUUGCAAUUGCGAAUUCAAUUCCUUUCAUUGGGUUUGGAUUUCUAGAUAAUUUCUUCAUGUUGAUCGCUGGCGAUUAUAUCGACAUGUAUCUGGGUUCCUAUUUGUGUAUAACUACAAUGGCUGCAGCUGCUUUAGGCAACACACUUUCUGAUAUCCUCGGAAUAGGUUCUGCUUUUUACGUUGAACGUAUAGCCAAUAGAAUUGGUUUCUCUCCUCCUAAAUUAUCACCCAUCCAAAUGGACAUGUCUUGCUCAAGGAACUUCGCUAAUCUCGGAAGAGUUUUGGGGGUAACAUUAGGAUGUUUACUUGGAAUGCUUCCCCUCCUGUUUAAGAGGUCCAAGAAGGAAGAUGAGGAAGAGUAAAAAAAUUAUGUCCUUCCACAUCAAACUAGGAGCAAUUCUUAUUUUAACAGGUGAAGCAGCAUGCUGAAAACAUCUCAAUUAGUGAGAUAUCGAUUUUAUGCUAGUCGAUAUUUUAAGGCGCUAUUGAACAAUUAUAUUUUGAAUUGUAUUAUAUUUAUUUUAUUUAUUUCCUAUAGUUUAUUGUACUUAUUUUGUUGGGUUUUCUUCAUGAUUUGCAAUAAUCCAGAUUGUUUUAAGUUUUACUCAUUCACAUUUUAUUCAACGAUUUUAUUUUUACUCAUUCGACGUUUUUGUAGUGAUUUAGUCAUUUGCAUUUUUGUUUUAAUGAAAGUCGUUUUCCAUUAUGUGAUAGUGAAACCAUGAAUUCUAUAUAUUUACUUCUAUAAUUGAUGUUUUGUACUUAUCUCAUAUAUUGAAAUUUCUUGUAGACCUAUUACAAUCAGAAAUUCUUUUCGGUCAUUUUUAUAUAUUAGACCAAAGACCAAAUAGAAGCUGUUUGAUAGUUCUAGUUCUUGUUUUCCUCAGAUCUCCCGAACUUCUUACAAAUUUUUGAAAUAAGGGAGUAUCGAAUUAGUUUUACGUAACAAUCAUAAUUAUCAUGUGAUAACUUUUUCUGCCUUCUUCGAUAAAUGUGAUACUCUUCUCAAUGUAGCAUAAUCAAAACUGAUUGUGUUAUAUUUAUCUAAUCAGGUGAAUAUUGAAAAAAAAAAUAUAUUGACUUAUUCACCAAGCUAAAUUACUGUGCAAUAUUUUUUUCUCAAUUCAAUUGUUAAAAAUUAGCAAUAAAUAUAAUUUAUCUUCCAAUAUGUUGCCAUUGAAUACAAUCAAUAUAGUGUAAGUGUUGUAUUUGUAAAAUCCUAUAGUAAAGUAAAAACUGUAAUAUUCGCACAAACUUUGAAAUAUUAAUUGAAAAAUUUUCGCUUCUCCAAAUUACAGGGUUUGUCCACCAAUUUUGAAAGAAAAUUUAUUUUUUGGAAUGUGAGAAAUUAACAAAUUGUUAAGUGAAAUUUAAUGGUGGACUCAUUUAAUUUUAUAGAUGUGAUAAAUUUGUGUUGCAGUCUGUUGUAGACCUAACGUGUUCAUUUGUUAUAGGAAGCCUUUCACAAAUUGAAUCCAGCCAUAAAAACCAAUUUAAGUAAUGUUAUUAGCUAGUAGUAUGUAGUAGUUAUCGUGUUGUAAGUAAAUGUAACCAUUAAUAAAAGUUGAAUUUGAA